AAAGGAAGAGUGACGCCUAGAAAACUCAAGAAGACGAUGGAGCUGUUUUCAGUCUCCGGGUGCCUGAUCUUUUUACUGUGCCUUAAUUUAGCCUUAUUUUAUCUGUAUCUACUGAAGACCCGUUGCUCGACAAGCGGGAGCUCCGCGCAAGAUGAAGGUAGGCGCCGAGCCCUCGACGUCGCGGAAGAGACUCGCCCCAGUCUCUGCGGAGGAGGCUGCUCAGACCGGGGCCGGACAGGAUACAGAGGAAAACAAUGCUGAAGUAAAAAAUCUCUGCUUACUUUUUGCCCAAUUUCUGAAGGAAUUUCCUGGUCAGAGGCAAACAAUUAAACAGUGCAUCACAUGCCUUCGGGAAAUGGCAGACCAGGUUGACAAGAUACAUAAGAACUGUACCAUCACCAGUCUUAUUGGAAAUGUUACAUCUGCUUUAUCUGAGGUCUUCAGAAUGGGGUCACAAUUCUUAGACUCUUCUUCAGCACGUGGAUCUUUACACACUGCUAUCGCUGGAAUAAGUUUUGGGGUUUGUGGCACAGCUGUUGAUGUAGGUGCUAAUAUAUUUGAAAGUGUUUACAAAAUGCAGAAAAAAGAAAAAACUGAAGACCUGUUGAAGGAGGGAACGAACUCCCUAAGAAAGCUGAUAGGACCUAGUGAAAUGAAUUUCACUUCUGAAUUGCCCUUAAGUACCUGGAGAAUUGCAUCGGAUAUUAUCCCAACUAUUUUUUCAGUUGGCACAACAAUGUCCGCUGGGAAACGACUCCAUACCCAUAUAAAAGCAUUGAAGUGUGUCAAAGAAAAACCUGAGUUGCUAGAUUUAGCCAUGAAAGUUGCUGCUGGCCAGGGAGAUAAAGAAGAGAUCAAGAAAGUGUGGAGUAAUUUUCAGGGAACUCUCCUUGCAAAAACCAAAAGUGAAAGAAUGCAGGAUGUAGCAUGGUCCCUAUGCACUAUCCUAGGAAAUAUCAAGAAAAUUGCUGAAGGUGUCAUGGAAUUGAGAGAUGGUGCCGAGGAUGAAAUGGCAGCCAGAAUCAGAGAAAAAGCUAAUCAGCUGCAAAAAGAACUACAGAGACUGAAUAAGCUUUAUGAGUGGCUAAAAGAGCAGGGCAUAACAGAAUAUGAGUCAUGCCCACCCAAGCCUAAAUUCAUAUAACCUUGCAUUCUGUUCACCUCCAGGAAGUCAACCAGCCGGGCAUGAUGGCAAUAGUCUCCAUUCUGCUCUUGAGAUGAUUGAAACAAAAAAACCCAGUUCCAACCUGAUAUGUCAUCCCCAGAUUUUAAUCAGAAACAUUGAAAUGGAGAUGAUAGUAUCCUUAAUUUGGGGAUGGGCAACUUGUGUUCCUUCAGCUGUGUUGCUCUGUAACUCCCAUCAGCCCUAAUCAUUGGUUCUGCUGGCUAGGACUGAUGGAAGCUUUGGCUUUCUGGUUGUUUUGGACUACAAGUUGGCCACCCCUGCCUUAAUCUGUAAGUUUUUCCUUUUAUGAAAGGACUCCUGGAAAUGGUGGAAAUUCUGAUUUCUUUUGAGUUGGGACACUGAUCAAUUGUCAAUUUGAUUGGUCAGUAGACUGCCCAUUAUUUAACUGUGCACAGAUAUGUUACUAUACUGUCAAUGUUGUCUGAAGAACUGUCCUGCCGCCUGUUUAGCAAAAUUGCCUUUCAAGUUUGAUUUUAAAAGUUUUACUUUUACAGUAAUUGAUAGAUUCUGACCCUUCCCCCUUUUGUUUGCUUAUAAUAAUGGUUGUUAUUUUGGUUUAUUUCUGCUUUAAUUUCAUAAGAAUCUGUUUGACUGCAUGGUUGAGCCUGAUGUUCUAGGAUAAAAACUGCAGGGUGACCCUGUUAUUCUAGGAAAGGGUCCCCUAACAUUUUGGACCUGUGGACAUAUUUGGGGGUUUGAGAAACUGCUGUGUGCACCUGCACAAAAUGGCUCCCGUGAAGGAUGUGACUAUUCCCAGAAUAGCCUGGCUAAUCAAAAGGCAAGUAAAUCU